AUGAAGCGGCAGAACGCCAGGACCCUCGCGCUCAUCGUCAGCAUCCUGACCUACCUGGUGGUCGGCGCCGCCGUGUUCGACACGCUCGAGUCCCGCCACGAGAGGAGCCAGAAGCGGCGGCUGGACGCCCGGAGAAACGAGCUCCUCCGCCGGUUCAACCUGAGCCGGGCGAACUUCGAGGAGCUCGAGCUCGUGGUGCUGCAGCUGAAGCCCCACAAGGCGGGUGUGCAGUGGAAGUUCGCGGGCUCCUUUUAUUUCGCCAUCACUGUGAUCACGACCAUAGGCUACGGUCACGCGGCCCCCAGCACCGACUCGGGGAAGGUGUUCUGCAUGUUCUACGCCCUGCUGGGCAUCCCCCUGACGCUGGUCAUGUUCCAGAGCCUGGGCGAGCGCAUCAACACGCUGGUGCGUCACCUGCUGCACCGCGUCAAGCUCCGCCUCCGCCCGCCGGACCGCGCCCGCGUCUCCAUGGCCAACAUGGUGGCGGUGGGCUUCGUCUCCUGCCUGGGCACGCUCUGCCUGGGCGCCGCCGCCUUCUCCCGCAGCGAGGGCUGGAGCUUCCUGCACGCCUUCUACUACUGCUUCAUCACGCUGACCACCAUCGGCUUCGGCGACUACGUGGCACUGCAGAAGGACCAGGCGCUGCAGAACCACCCGCGCUACGUGGCCUUCUGCUUCGUCUACAUCCUGCUGGGGCUGACGGUGGUGGGCGCCUUCCUCAACCUGGUGGUCCUCCGCUUCCUCACCAUGAACAGUGAGGACGAGCGGCGGGACGCGCAGCGGCGGCGCCACGAUGCCCGGCACCGCGAUGCCCGGCUGGCCGGGCCGCGGGGAGAGCUGGCGCAGCUCGUGCCCUCGCCCGCGAACGCUAACGCCGCCGCCGCUAACGACGCUAACGCGGCCGCCACCGUCCGCCGCGGCUACACGGAGGUCCUCCACUUCCAGACCAUCUGCUCGUGCCUUUGGUACCGCGGCGACCGGCGCCCGCGCGGUCUGGGGCCGGGGCCCACGUCCCCCGGCGACGACCUGUCCUUCUCCGACCCCUACCUCAAGGCCGACCGGCGCCCGCCGCCGCGGAUCCGCCCGGACCCGUGCUCCGCGGGUUACCUUGGUUACCCGGGGUAUCCGGCGUACCCCGACCCGGAGGCGGACACGGCGGGGUGCGUGUGCGGCCCCCGGCACUGCGCCACGGUCGGCUCCGUCGCCGCCGGGGGGCUCCACAUGUUCUCGCCCUUCAGGGGGUGUCAGCGACGCAGCUCGGUGUAG